AUGCACUUAUACUUCUAUUUCAAGGUAGAAGGUUAUCCGGUUCUGGUGUUCUUCCAUGGUGGGGACUUCUUACGAGGAAGUGCCAACAGUCUCAAUCCAUUUCAGCUGGUACUCAAACAACGGGUAAUAUUUGUAUCUGUCGCCUAUCGCCUCAAUAUAUUUGGAUUCUUCUCAACAUUAGAUACCGAAGCACCAGGCAACUUUGGCCUUUUAGAUCAAGUAGCUGCUUUAAACUGGGUCAAGAAUAAUAUUGAAAGCUUUGGUGGAGAUCCAGAUAACGUUUGUAUAUUUGGCCAUGACGCUGGAGCGAUCAGUGUUACUCUACACUUAAUAUCUUCAUAUUCAUCCGGACUAUUUGCAAAAGCUAUAGCAAUGAGCGGAAAUGGACUAUCACCCGAGACUGUUAAUACAGCAAGAAAAGAAGUUGUUAUUGUUGAUAAAGUUGCAGCUUCGUUUAGCUGUUUUCGAAAACCUACCACCCAAUUACUAGAUUGCCUCAGAAGAGUACCCGAUCAAGCACUUUUAGAUAUUGCAGGGCCUCUAGGCGACUGGAAACCAAUAAUUGAUGGCGGUUUCAGUAACAUAACGAGCCCAUUUUUGCCAGAUUUCCCAAGCAAACUAUUCAAUGAUGACAUUUUCUCCCCAGUACCAAUUUUAGCUGGUUACACUAGUAUGGAAGAUGGACUGUUAUUAGAAAAGGAUGAUAAUGGUGACAGUGGUAUAAGUCAAAGAGAAUUUGACGCUAUGAGGGAAGAAAUCAUUUUGGCAGACAUUACAGUAGACAACAGUUCAUGUUUUACUAAUCAACAUCAUAUACAAGACGCCGUUGAAUUUUUCUAUAAGCCAAUCCCUCCAACGACCAAUGAAACUGUUUUGAGAAAACUCUUUGUAGAUUUUUACACAGAUAAAGUCCACGGUGCUACUACAUAUCAAUUAGCUAAGUACAUUAGUGCGCAUGUCCCAGUUUAUCUGUAUAGAUUUGAUCUUAAGCCCUUUUCUGAUAUAGUUAACGAAGGCCUUCCAGAAUGGAUAGGUGUUCCUCAUAAUUAUGAUUUAAUAUUUACGUUCGGUAUGCCAUUUUUAGCUGCACCAGAGGAUUUAAGUAAAUGGGACAUCAGAGACAAGAGUAUUUCAGAAAUCAUAAUGAGAAUGUGGUCAAACUUUGCUUGGUAUACGAAUCCUACAAAUUCAGGGGUAAUUAUAGAUUGGCAACCUUUUGAAAUCGAAAAACCUGGGUAUUUGAUAAUUGACAGACAAAACUUCACAAUGAGUACUCCAGCGACUGUUAACUAUAAAGCUUUUGAAUUUUGGACAAACUUUUAUCCUAAGGUUGUCGAAAUUGGUACAAAGUGUUGCAAAGAGGCAACCGAAGAUAAUGGCGCAAAUUCUAUCAAAACAAGUAAAAUUAUAAGUGGUCUAAUAAUUUUAAAUUCUUUGUUGGUUUUUAUUUCAUAA